CCUCUCCCUCUCUCCACAAUGCCCACCCCCACCACUGUCCAGUUCGCCCGCUACGCCGCCUUCACCGCAGGCCUCGUCUACGGUGUCGUCCGCCACUCGUCGCUCGCCUCGCACGUCGCUGCUGAGAAGAGCCUUGCUGCCUCGGGUGAUGUCUGGUGGUCGGCUCAGGACGGUGAGAAGCAGGCUGAUGGCCAUCACUAAGAUGGCACCUGGCCCGGCCUUCCUACCGUCGCCGGCCCGCCUCUUGUGCCAACGCUUCUCGGUGCAACAAACACACAACACACACACACACACACACA